UUGCAUUGUUUUGUCCCAAAGAUCUAAUUUAAACUUAAGAGAGGAAAAUGAAGCUUUAUUCAUUAUUAAGUUUGUUAAUUUUGGGUGUGUUAUGGAGAUCAGUGGGUGUAGCUUCAAGUUCAAGUGAUGUAGGAAGGCUCAUUAAUGUCACUACAUUCAAUGCAAUGUUCAAAUAUCAAAAGGAUCCACAAUGUUCAAGCCAAGGGUUCUAUAGUUACCAAGCUUUUUUAGCCGCGGCUCGUUCCUUUGGUAAGUUAGGAUUUGCCACCACUGGAAAACUUGCUACUCGAAAGAGGGAGUUGCUCGCUUUCCUCGCUCAAACUUCUCAUCAAACCACCGGAGGAUGGCUAACUGCACCAGAUGGUCCACUUUUUUGGGGAUAUUGCCACAUAAGAGAAACCACUGAAGAUUCCUAUUGCAAAGCUGAUCCUAAAUGGCCUUGUGCUAAAGGCCAAAAAUAUUAUGGUCGUGGACCAAUGCAACUCCAAGGUAACCAGAACUAUGGGCAAGCCGGGAAAGCGUUAGGAUUGGAUUUGCUGAAGAACCCAGAUUUAGUAGCUAAAGACCCAGUUGUAUCGUUCAAGACAGCGAUUUGGUUUUGGAUGACACCACAAGGAAUUAAACCAUCAUGUCAUGAUGUUAUGGUGGGCAAAUGGAAACCCACAGAAGCUGACAAAGCUGCUAAAAGAGUCCCUGGUUACGGUGUUGUCAGCAACAUCAUUGGAGGGCGAGAAUGUGGGAGUGGUGCUAAUACUGAUGUUGCUGAUAGAUUUGGAUUUUAUGUAAGGUACUGCAAAAUGUUGGGAGUCAAUCCAGGAAAACACUUGGAUUGCUUUUUUCAAGAACCUUUCACUCGAAUGUAAUGCCAACCUUCUUUUGUUUCAAAAUCUAAAAGGCUUGUAAUAACAUGGAAUGGAAUAAAAGCUGGCUGAAAAUGAGAUGAGAUCCAGAGAGAAUUCUUAAUCCUUAA